GCAUAAAUCUAUGACUCACGUCACAUGACCGCGGUUAACGAUUAAGUAAGUGUUCGUAUAUAAAGCAGAACAUUUUACCCAACGUAUCAAAACACUUUUCGGAACGUUCAAGUACACAACAUUACGAUAAAGUUAAAGGGAGAUAUUCAAGUUGUUUUGAGAUUUAUUUCAUAUUUAUAGAAAUAGAUACGACAUUGCGAUAUUUUUAAGCUAAGAUUAAGGAAUAAAUAAGAAAAUGUCGCUUACAAUUAAAGCGUUUUUACAGAGGGACGGAAAGUGGGACGGCGAAAUUCGUCGGUUCCAGAUCCCCGCCGACGUCUCGUCCAGCUACGAUUACCUGAGCAAGAAACUUUGUGACAUUUUCCCGUCACUUAGACAGGGAAAUUUCUCCCUCUUCUGGAAAGAUCCCGACGGUGAUCAUGUCUCUUUCUCCACCGACGAAGAAUUGAUGGAAGCUCUCGGCUUUGUUUCCGACAGCGUCUUUAAAGUAUUCAUAGUUUUAAAAGAAGGUCAGCAAGGCACUGGUAAAAGUGAUGACAAUGAUGUACUUCAUCCAGGUGUUGUCUGCGAUGGGUGCGAGAUGGGCCCAAUUUGUGGACCGAGGUACAAGUGUCUCGUCUGCCCAGACUAUGAUUUGUGCAGGAAUUGUGAGGCGAGUGGAAUGCACGUGGAACAUGAUAUGAUGAAGAUAACUGCCCCAGGAAACUUUCCUGGCGGAUUUGCUGGUUUUCCAUUCGGUGGACCUCAAGGGCCACAUGGACCAGGGCCAAAUGGGCCAUUCGUUCCCCCUCCCCACUUCCGGCGAUGGAUGCAACGUUUCAUGAAGAGGUGGCACAAUAAGAACGCCCAAGGAUCGGAAGGCCCUUGUGGUCAGAAGGAAGGAGAGACAGAAGAAAAGAAAGAUCAAGACCAGAAAAUGGAGGAUGAACCGCAAGGACAGGACUCUGGGGAAUCCAGUGGAGAGGAAUACCUUAGAAAUGUCGGCGAGGCUGUUGCGCAAAUGCUUGACCCUUUCGGAAUAGAUGUUGAUAUAGAUGUCGAAAAACACAAUCGUGGAGAAGAGAAAGAAGAUGAGGACGGUAAUGGUGAAAAGAAAGGACACGGAGGAAGAGGGCGUGGUCGUGCACGUGGGCGUGGCUGUAGUCCUCGUGGAAAGAGGUUCAGAUCUGGACCACCAUGUGGUGGAGCAGGACCAUGGGGAAUGUGGGGCUGGAUGGGCGGAUGUCCUAUGGGACAAAUGGGUCCCAUGGGGCCACCACCAGGACAUUGUAGAAGAAAUGGGGGACAAGCGGGACCUUUUGGUGCUGCCGGACCAUGUGGGCCAGCAGGUAAACGGUGUGGAAAACAAGGGAAGCGUAACGCUGAUGUACCAGCUGACAAGCCCCAGGACACACCCACUGAAAAGCCUAAAGAGCAACAAGAAGCAUGUGACCUCAUGGAUUGUGGUAACGUUAACAUGGCCGAUUCCCAGAGAGCAAAGUCACCAACACGCAUGGACGCUGAACCGAGUGGAAAGAAACCAGACGAAAAUGCCUGGACAUUGCUUAACCUGAGCGGAGAACCAUCUGGACAAUCAGCUCCACAGCCUGAAGUUCCGGUUGCACAACCUCCCUCCAAUGGAUCCAUGUCUGGUCCUUCAGUUCCCAUUUACCCACCAGCAGACCCAAAAAUAGCAGAAGCUCUGCAGCAGAUGACGGCCAUGGGGUUCAGUAAUGAGGGAGGCUGGCUAACCAACCUUCUUAUGGCCAAGAAUGGGGACAUCAUUCAGGUGUUGGAUGCUAUUAGGCCCAACCAACGCCCUAAGACCUCAGAGGGAGGCACCCACGCCUAAACGGCAGACACAGGCAAACAGCAGACGACAGUUUUAUUUUCCUUGAAUAAACUUUAUUAGUGUUAUUUAUAGUAUAAUCAUUACCCUGAUUGAAGAGUUUUAAGAUACAUGUCCUUAAAUGCUAUAAAUGAACUUUGAUUUGUUAUAAAGAAAAAAGAAAUAUGAUUAAGGCAAAAAUAUGUCCUUCCAUGUUGAUUUGUCAUAAAAAAGAAAUACGAUUUAGGCAACAAAAAUAGUAAUUAAUAGAUUGUCAAAUUUGUAAACAUAAUUAUGUUUUAUUGAUAAUGUGAGCCAGAGGGUGAAAUAAUUUAUUAGUCUGUAGCUUGGGGGAAUUAUUGUAUAUUUUUGUGGUUUAUUAUACAGUGUAUGUUUAUAUAGUCCGUCAUACCCUUCAUGUUGUUAUAUAUUAAAAAGGGAGAUAAUUCACAUUUUAUUUAUAGAUUUCAUUAGACUAUUUUUGACUUUGUUUUUAUCGGGUUUCAAUUUAGUCUAGUAGUAAUUUCAUUAAACAUGUUGAAGUUUCAAACGGCGUUCUAGAAAAAAAUAACAAUCAUGACAAUAAGGAAAAUAGAUGUGAAUUACAAAAAAGUGAUACAUGUUUUUGGUGUUCAUUUGGUAUUAAAUUAAAACACUGUGUACUUUUGUUGUAGACUGUAUCUUUUAUUACACAAAAUAUAUAUGUCGUUGAUCUGCUGUUUUGCUUGUUAAAGAUUAAUUAACA